AUACGGUGGACAGUGGAUCAGUGGCGAGAGUGCAAGACCUUCUCGCGCUAAUGGCGACCACUCCUCUCGCGACCGCCUCUCCCUAUCCAUUCCCCUCUCUGCUCUCCAAAACCCUAAACCCCACCUCCACCUCCAAGCUCUCUCCUCCGCACUCCCUCUCCCUCUCCCUCCUCACCACCCCGGCGCCCCUCCUCCUCCCCCGCAGGCAGGGCCGGCGGCAGCGUGACAUCUCGGCGGCGUACGGUGACGGCGACAUGGACGACGACUUCGGCGGUGCGGGCGACUUCGACCUCGACGGAGACGACGGUGUGGGGGACGACGACGACCUUGACAACGAGCAGGACUACGACGUCGACUAUGACCGCCUCCUCGCCCCCGUCAAGCCUCGGCCGCACCUUUCCGGGGUUGGCAGCGGAGGCGAGGAAGGGGAGGGGGACAUCGCCAUGGUCGCGGCCGAGAGCUUCGUGUCCACUGGGGCGUCCGCCUCCGACACCGUCGUCGACUACACCAUCGACGAAGGUGAGUUUCACAAGAUUCGCCUGCUCCACUGCGACUUCUUCAUCCGCAAGGUGCCCGACCCUGACCAAGACGUCUACGACUUCCGAGAGAUGUAUGUCACACCGCCUGACACCGACAUCUACUCAAUUCCAAGGGUUCUUGCCCCGAUGCCACAAAAGUAUGUGAGGUGCGCGAAGAAAAACUUUGGCCGCUACCAUGUAAGUGAGCCACCGGUUGAGCAUCUGCGUGAUCCCCUGUACAAGACAGAGAGGGAGAUUAUGAAGGUUUUCUUAACAAAACACUACAGAAACAGGCGGUUCAGCGAUACAGAUUUUUUCCUUGAUUUUGAGGAGAUUUAUGUCAUCGACUCAAAAACAAGGUCAAUCACAAGGGCAAAAGUAGUGGUGAACGUCCCUGAAGGCAAAAGGAGAGAUAGGAGAAAUGACCUGCUACUCAUACGGGACGGUGGCGAAUCUUUCAGAAUAACUGACAAGUCCCAAAGAGACGACGCCACCACCAUCAUCCAAAGAGAAGAGUGGACGAAAUCGAGACAGGACGUGGAGAAGCAUUUCCGGAAGCUCAGAGAUUUUGACUACUCGAAUUGGUUCUGAAGAAACUGCCGUCGAGCUUCGUCUAUGCAGAGAAGGAUGUGCAGCGAUUUUGUUGUUUCUUUAGCUGCUGCUUGUGCUAGAGCUAAUUAACCGUGGUCGUCAAGUGAGAACUGCCAUGUUUAUAUAUGGUACGUGUAGCAUCGUAGCAAGUAGUAGAAUCGAGAUGUAUGCAUUUGAGCAGUAUGUCUGUACGAAAAUUCAGAGUAGCUAAUGGGUAUUUUAUGGUGGCUUGAGGCAUUUAAAAAAAGUGGGGUGUUCCGAGAAUCGAACUCGGGACCUCUCGCACCCGAAGCGAGAAUCAUACCACUAUAUGUAUAUAUAGUAUAAACACAAUUUUAUUUCCAAGAAAAUCACCAUGCACA